AUGGCCUCGAAUGCGCCAUCCUCACACAAUUUCCAGAAGCUCACGCUCGAUACCUCAUCCCCGUACAGGCAGAUUGCCUCAACCUUUGCCGCGUUUCCGCGCCACGACUCUGCACGCAACGGCCAUGACCGCUCGCACCGGCAAUCCGACUUCACCAGUGCAGAGCUGUCAGACUAUUCCAAUGGCGCAUCUCGGCCAUGCGAACAGAACGGCGCAACCCCUCAAUCGGGUUCGUACGUAGGCAGGCCAAUCGCCCCAGGCAGGAGCGGGAGUGAAGAGCAGGGUAUUGAAGCGCGCUUCAAGAAGCGCACGACGUCCAUUACCUUCGACAAUGAAGUUACGCUUGACACUGGCGCCCGUCACGCCCUCGAGGUUCCUGUGCCCAAGCCAAUAUCACGCCAUUCGCAACCGCAUAGUGAGCGAUCCAGCUUCUCGGACCAUUCCGAGUACUUGGAAAUGCCCUUCAACCAGCAAAGACACAUGCAGCAUCGCGUUGGCCAGUCGAGAUACCCGCUCCUGCAAACCACCGUCGACGACCUCGCAAACGACCAAGAGUACAAUGACCAGGUUGCAUCCCUGACCUCGGAUGCUACUGCCUCGCCACUCGAAGAGGCACGAACGCCACUGGAGAUGCCAUCAGAGUACAUGCUCUCUCCGCUGCCUGUCGCUACCUCACCAAUCGAAUUUCCUGGCUUCUCGCCGCGCAUGCGUGGGCCACCGAGAACCAAGAGCUUUCGAUCCGAGAUAGGUGAAGACGGCAGUCUACGGAGAACCAGUCGGCGCAGCUCGGUACGCUCCGGGCGAUCUCUUUCUUCCAUGUCCCCUGCUGCAUCCUUCCUUGCACGAUACAGAACCUCCGAAGCUGCCAUAAAACCGAGCGAGCCAGAUGACGAAGGUCAAGGUGUAGGGUAUGAGGGCGAGUACAUCAUCGGAAAGCAAAUCGGAUAUGGUGGGUUCAGUAUUGUCAAAGAGGUCACGAGCAUAGAGCAUGGGAAGCCUGUGGUCCAUGCUGUCAAGAUUGUGCGCAAACUUCAGCAGCAUAAGUCGGAGCUGGAAAACGAAGAAAUCCAGACGCAAUUUGAUCACGAGGUGGAGAUCUGGCGGUUCCUGCGACACCCCUAUAUUCUACCUCUGUUGCGAGUCUACACCACCGACUUUGCGACCUUCUGCAUUACCAAGCUGAACAAGGGCGGAACACUGUUCGACCUGGUGCGUGACACACGCCGAAAGAAGCACUUAGGCCUACCCCGGCACCUGGUCAAGCGCUAUGCGUACCAGUUGGCCUCGGCCCUGCGCUAUCUGCACAAUGAUGUCCAGGUCGUCCAUCGCGACGUCAAGCUAGAGAACUGCCUCGUCGAUAUGACCAUACCCAACGCCGAGCGCGAUGGCGGCGAUGUCCUACUCUGCGAUUUUGGUAUGGCCGACUACGUUGUGAGCGACCAGCGCGAUGGCCCAGAGCCUCAUUCAAUUGGCGUAAACCAGAAUAUCGGUCCUGCCGAUACUAGUACUUGCGUUGCCGGCAGUUUGCAAUAUGCUGCGCCAGAGCUGUUCGAUGCGCCAGGUCCUGUCUUCUCUACGGCAGCAGAUAUGUGGGCAUUUGGCGUGUGCAUAUAUGCACUUCUCACCGCGACUCUACCGUUCAACGAGGGCCUUGAUGUGAAGACUACAAUGAAGAUCAUGAAGGGCGAGUGGGAUGCAGAGCUUAUUCGCAGCGCAGAGGCUGUCAAAGAAGGCGGUGUUGAGGAUGCGCUGGCGUUGAUCGCUGGCUGUCUUGAGAUGGACGUCGAGAAGCGCUGGACCGUACACGACGUCUUAGAGUGUGCAUGGUUGCGAGACUGCGAGCAGUGCUACGAGAACGUGGCUCGUCCCUGGCUUAACGGAUCCUAG